UGCGAUCUCACGCGCCCAGAGUGCGGCCAGUGUCUGAGAAAAAACCAGCCAUGUCUAGGCUAUCGAGAUGCUACGGUCUUUCGAAUAGAGACUGUUUCUUCAUUUCAGUCUGAUAUGAGCAAAGCCCGUCGUGGAACGCACAAUAAUAAUAAGAAUCAGAAAACCAAUACGUUAGCCUUAAUCAAGAGUGGGUCAUACAAGACGGCUAGGGGCAAAUUGACAGCCCUUCCAGGACUAAAUUUACUUCCUGGGAAUGAACAGGAAAAUCAUCAUUUCCAUUUCUUUCGUGCCAUCACGGCUUCUGAAUUAGCCGGGCCCUUUGACUUUGGCUUCUGGACAUGCGAUACGCUUCAAUAUUCGCAUGUGGAUCCGGCUCUAUGGCAUGCUACCAUCGCUCUAGGUGCCAUGCAUCAUCAGCUCAUCACUGAUAGUUCUCGGUCUUAUUGUUGGCACCCGGAAACCGAUUCUCAUGUCCGGUUUGUAAUACUGCAGUUCAACAAGUCGAUCAUGAACUUGAUGAAGAUACUGUCUAAAAACGUGCUAAACGAACACGACAAAAUCAUUGUUUUGACGACGUGCGUCUUGUUUACUUGUCUGUGUUCAUUGCAAGGACGACAGAACCAGGCCUUUAUGCACAUCAGCAAUGGGAUGAAACUUCUCCGUGAGUGGGAAUUGGGAGGGAGCUCCGAGGAUGGUAAUCAAGUUGCAAUGGAUAUGUUGUUGCUGGUGUUCACGCAGUUGGACAGCCAAGGCAUUUACAUCCGUCGUCGCCUGGGGCUGGACCCUGCCGAGCAAUGGAACAAAUACAGCAUCACACUGCCGCUCUUCCCAUCGGAACCCUUUUCUACCUGUCUCCAGGCAUAUGUUGACUUGGAGAGGCUAACCAAUCAUUUGAUACAACUACACGCAAGUGAAGAGUCUAUUGGUCUAGACCCUGACUCUACUAUCUCGAAGCAGAAAGAACUUCUAUUUCAGGCCUUUAAUGCGUGGGACGCAAGGUUUAAAGGCUAUCUAGCUACAACCUCUCAAUCCAUCGAAGAGAGUUCGGUUACUAUUCUUCAAAUCCGCCACUUAUUUGCUAACACGCUUUUCAACGACCCAAAUAAGGGCGAACUUGGAUACGACGAGUUUAUUGAUCAAUAUACGGCCAUUGUCAAUCUAGCGGGGAAGAUUCUUGGAGCUAGAAAUGUCAUCGCGAGUAGCAAUAAGGACGACCAAGGACGAGGACAAUUGGGAUUUUCACUUUCAGUCGUCCUUGCAGAGCCAUUGCUGUUCACGGCAAUGCACUGUCGCAAACCCUCUAUUCGACACCAGGCGUUACGGCUGCUGAAAACUCAUCCACGCCGGGAAGGUAUAUUCGAUGGUAUUCUCGCCACAAAGCUAGUGGGGGAUUAUAUGGCCUUUGAAGAGAAGUCUUGUCGACGUAGUGGAAGCCCUCUGGAUAAUGAUGAUGAUGAUGCUCCUCCUAUAAGCACGGAUUCAAAUAUUUGCACUACCGGACGUUGGAUAUGCCAGAAUCAUCGCAUUAGUUUCCCGAGCAUCUUGACCGAAACAAUGGCUGCUCGACCGACGACUCGGCUCGUUUUCCUUAGCACCUUUGCGCUGAUUUUCAUUUUCUAUUUCGUGUUUGUGCAGCCCCAGGGGCCUGACAGUCCGGCGAAGCGAGCACCGGGUCAUCUGAUGGAUGUGAAGAGUAGCGUUUCGGACAAUGUUGCGCUGGGUGAGGAUGUGCUCAAGGGCCAGGUGAUCAUGCCCAAAUUGGGUAAUGAGACUGCAAAGGCCGAACUUGGUCGCGCGACCUGGAAAUAUUUUCACACCGUCAUGGCGAGAUACCCCAAGAAGCCGGCGGAGGAGGAGCAGGAAGCAUUGCGCUCCUUUGUCUACUUGUUUGCCCGCCUAUACCCUUGUGGCGAAUGCGCUGCUCAUUUCCAGAAACAUCUCAAAAAGUACCCACCGCAGGUGUCCUCUCGCGAUGCUGCAGCAGGCUGGGGUUGCUUUAUCCACAACGAGGUCAACGCCAUGUUGGAAAAACCGGAAUACGAUUGCAACAAUCUCGAUGACUACGACUGUGGAUGCGAAGAUAAGGACGAGGAAGAAGCCGGCGCAUCAGACGGAGAACAGACGCUAUCCAAGGUCACCAAAAAAGAACAGGUGGACGCGGACUCCAACCCCGCCGUGGAGAUCACCAAGGAAUCGUGA